AUGUCUUCGUCGGCAAUUUUCAUCCUCGAUGCAAAGGGAAAGGUGUUGAUAUCGCGCAACUACCGCGGCCACAUCGAUAUGGGCGUGAUCGAUAAGUUCAUGCCACUGUUGAUGGAGAAGGAAGAAGAAGGGCUCAUAACACCGAUCCUCCAGACGCCGGAAUGUACGUUCGCGUACGUGAAGACGAAUAACCUGUACCUGGUUUCGGUCACCCGAAGCAAUGCCAACAUUGCGCUGGUAUUUGUAUUUCUCCACAAGGUGGUUCAGGUGUUCACCGAGUACUUUAAGGAGCUGGAAGAGGAAAGCAUACGGGACAAUUUCGUGGUGAUUUACGAGCUGUUGGAUGAGCUGAUUGACUUCGGUUACCCGCAGACGACGGACAGCAAAAUACUGCAGGAGUACAUUACGCAGGAAGGCCACAAGCUGGAAAUACAGCCACGGAUUCCGAUGGCGGUUACGAACGCGGUAUCGUGGCGCUCGGAAGGCAUUAAAUAUCGCAAGAACGAGGUGUUUCUGGAUGUGAUUGAAAGUGUCAACCUGCUGGCGAACGCAAACGGUAAUGUGCUGAGAAGCGAAAUUGUCGGAGCGAUCAAAAUGCGUGUCUACCUGUCCGGUAUGCCGGAGCUGCGCCUCGGCCUGAACGAUAAGGUGCUGUUCGAGAGCACGGGCCGGGGCAAGUCGAAAUCCGUCGAGUUGGAGGAUGUAAAGUUCCACCAGUGUGUACGUCUGUCGCGGUUCGAGAACGAUCGUACGAUUUCGUUCAUUCCACCGGAUGGAGAGUUUGAGCUGAUGUCGUAUCGGUUAAACACGCACGUAAAACCGCUGAUCUGGAUCGAGUCCGUCAUCGAGCGUCACGCGCACAGUCGCGUGGAGUACAUGAUCAAGGCAAAGUCGCAGUUCAAGCGUCGAUCGACGGCAAACAACGUGGAAAUUGUCAUUCCGGUGCCGGCCGAUGCCGAUUCACCCAAAUUCAAAACCACCAUCGGUAGCGUAAAGUACGCACCGGAGCAGAAUGCCAUUACAUGGACAAUUAAAUCAUUCCCGGGUGGCAAGGAAUAUCUAAUGCGUGCCCACUUUGGUCUGCCCAGCGUCGAGUGUGAAGACAGUGAGGGAAAGCCUCCGAUUCAGGUGAAGUUUGAAAUUCCGUACUUCACCACGUCCGGCAUUCAGGUGCGAUAUUUGAAAAUUAUCGAAAAAAGUGGAUACCAAGCCCUGCCCUGGGUGCGAUACAUCACCCAGAACGGUGACUAUCAGCUGAGAACGAACUAG